UCGUUUUAUUGCAGACGGAACUGUUUGUUUUGUAGCCUACCAAGGCUCGGCCCGCGAUUGGCCAUGUCGACGAAGUGAUUCGCGGAGUGUCGCAAACAUUACAAGGACCGAUUUAUUUUGUUUUUUGUUUCGGUUUCGCCGUCGUGCCAGCCACAAUGCUGUCGCACGUCUUUUCGCCCGUGCUCGUCGUCUUCGUCAUGACCCUCAGCUACGCCUGGGAGGAUCUCAUCCUCCCGCGGGUCCACGUUCCUUAUGUGAUGAACGAGGGAUUGCGUUUCCGCGGCAACGAAACGUCGAAAGAUUAUUUCCGCUUGCUGGAACAAGAUGCCGAUUACGUUCUCGUCGGUGCAAAGAAUAUGGUGUACAACAUCAGUCUUCGCACCAUGUCGGAAACCUCGGAGCAAUGCCAGAACUACAUCCGAGUUUUGGCGAAGAAGCGGGAGAACAAGUUGUUUGUCUGCGGAACGAAUGCGUUCAAGCCGCAGUGUCGAGAAUACGUGAUAGCGUGCGUGUUGACCUCUUCGGGUGAAGAUGCAGGAUCCGGGGUUGUGGGGGGAAAGAGCAACCUGAGGCGGAAUGCGUUAGUUUGUAUUCAUAGCUGCUGCGAGCUCUGCGCUCCUCUGGUCAAUUUCGCCGUUUCGGGGGAAAGUCUGUUAUUGGAUCCGACGAAGUAUGUUAGCUCUGAUGGACGGUACAAAGGCCAAGCGCCGUCCUCUGCCCAGGGGCUUUGUCCCUACGAUCCUGUCCACAACAGCACAGCUCUUUUUGUGGACGGUGAGCUGUACGUCGCAACUACUGCGGAUUUUUCCGGAACGGACGCUUGGAUUUUCCGCGACGGAGUUCGAACGGAGCAAUACGACCUUAAGCAUUUGAACGAACCCAACUUCGUGAGCUCGUUUGAAUACAAGGAUUACGUGUUUUUCUUCUUCCGAGAAAUGGCCGUCGAGUACACGAACUGCGGAAAGGCGGUCUACUCGAGGGUCGGUCGCGUGUGCAAAAAGGACCGUGGAGGCCCGCACACAUUCCAGAAGAGGUGGACGUCUUUCACGAAGGCCAGAUUGAAUUGCUCCGUGCCUGGCCAGUUCCCGUUCUACUUCAAUCAGAUCCGUGAGUUGUAUUUCUGCUUUUCCGCUUAUCUUGUUAUGCUCUUUUCGUGUUGGCGUGUUGGUGAUGGAGAAUUCAUUAUUUUGCGGCGCAUUGCCGAAGGAAUUCGACUUGGAAUAGUCGAGGCUGAAGAUAGCGACAGCUGGCUUCAUCCGUGGAACUGGACCACGGGGAGUCGACAGGACGGCGUCGGAAAGAAAGGCCUGGGGGAAAUUGUGGAAUAUAACAUCCGCCCUCGCACCUUGGAAAAGGGGUUUGGGAUCGAUCGGGAUUUGGCGCCGCGUGCUGCACCUUCAAAGGCACCGGAGGUCCUCCUCGUAUUCGGAGGAUUGUUCCGAAACGCUAUAUCGGAUAAUGGCACCGGGUUGAAUGGCGCGGCGAUCCCGAAACGUCCUUCUCAACCCUCGCUGGAGUUUUUCGCAGUGUGCAAACAAGCGUUGAACCUCGAGGAAGACGGGUUUAGAGAAGUUGCUCUGUCCGUUACACCAGAACACGCCGACUGGGAACGUGUUCGUGCUGAAGUUAGCCUCGCACAUGCCCCCGAGCAGAGAUCUGUGUUUCCAGCGCUGGUUUUCAUCUCGUCUCUGCAGCAGUCGAUAACAUUGAACUCGGAGCCCGGCGAACAAAGCCAACUGGGAAACUUUCUUGGGAUGCGGCCGGGGGAGGGGAAAGAAAAAAUCUUGUGGAUGCUCGUUGGAAAGCCCAACUGGUUUUCUGGAAAAUCGCGUGAACAACUCGCCCACGCUGGAGAGCUUUUUUCCUCAACCUUUGCCGAAGGGGAAACCCGUGCUGGCAUAAUCGAAGCUCCGGGGCUUCGUCAGGAUGACGGAUCUCCGUUAGCGGGUCUCCGAAUAUUUUUUCCGCCCCAUCUUCGUCGCGUUUUCUCUUUUUUAACCUCUUUUCCUUCACAAAUGCCUUGCGUCUGGGAUCGCGGUGCACUGGCUGGCGUAAAGUCCGCCAGCGACCUCGUGAAAGGGAUCUACGGCGAAGAAGAAGCAGAACUCGUAUAUGCGACGUUCACCACGGACCCGAAUUCUAUCUGGGGCUCUGCGGUGUGCGCUUUCAACAUGAGAGCAAUCCUGGACACGUUUUCGGGCCCGUUCAAAGAGCAGGAAAAGCCGUAUUCGAACUGGCUACCCGUGAAAGCCGUCAACGUGCCGGAGCCUCGACCGGGUCAGUGCGUCGAGAACUCGACAACACUAACUGACGUCACGCUGAAUUUCGUCAAAAACCACCCACUCAUGGACGAGGCUGUCCCGAAUUUCUUCCCCCAGCCGGUUUUCAUCCGCACGUCGUUCGACCCCAAGACCAAGUACAGAUUCACCAAGAUUGCGGUCGACCCGCAAGUGAGGACGACCGAUGGACGCGCCUACGACGUUUUGUUCAUCGGAACAGACGAUGGUCGAUUGCUGAAAGUCGUCAAUUCGUUGGCCUACGAGACACGAAAAGAGGUGAAUCCUGUUGUCAUUGAGGACAUUCAGGUGUUCCAGCGUGGCAAGCCAGUGACGAACUUACAUCUUGUCGGUGACAAGUCCGGACGAGGGUCUCCAGACCUUCAAAACAUAGUCGUCAUUUCUGACGACGAACUCGUUUCGCUUCCGAUCCAGCGGUGUUAUAAAGCCGCAACCUGCAGCCUCAAAAGUUGCCCGGAAUCGAGUCUUGUGUUUCUGAAUACCGCGCAAAACGCUAAUCGGGUUCAUCUCGCUCCAAUUACAGUGCCUGUGUCGCCCUUCAAGACCCUUAUUGCGGCUGGAACUCCAAAGCGAACCGCUGCAGUCAGAUUACCGACGCCGAAGGUGGCUUCAUUCAGAAAGUUUCCAAAGGCGAAUCUCCCUCGUGUCCAGAUUACGGCACGCGCCGACCGGGGCUCGAAAUUACCGCCGGACCGGGCUGUAAUUUCAAGACGCGGCAUGAGCAUGCAUCUCGGGGAAAUGAAAUGGGAUGAGCGGGAGCCGAAAACAAAGGAGGGCUUGAGCGAUGUGCACGUUGCUGUAUUGAUGCAUCAACGAGGGGAUAGAAAAUUUCACUCUGCCCGCGUUGGUGUUGGCUUGUGGAAAACGGUUUCCGUGCUGGUCGCCCGAUUUGCUGUGUGUCCUCGACGGAGCCUGCACGCCAUUUCCUCGCUUCUUAUUUUCUCUCGUUUUUCUUACAUGCUGCUGCGUGUAGGGUCUGGACAUGAAUUUGCUUCCCAUGCGAGCACGGAAGCUUCUUCCGCCGCAACGGGGAACACUCGGCCAGUUUCGUCUUCCGGAGUCUACGCCGACGGCGGGAGUGCGCUCGAGGACCGGAAUCCGUACGACUACCAAGGCAAAGAGCAAGCAGGCCGUGUGCAGCGGGUAAUGGAGCGUGGUGUAAUUUUAUCGAGCAGCGCGGAAACUGAGCAGACUGUCGAAGCAACCCGCGGAAAUGUAUGGCUCGUGGAACCCAUCACGGCUUUGUGUGAGAUGCGGGCAUUUUCUUUAUCCCAGCCGUAUGAAGACACGCAAUGCCCUGAUAUUCCUGUCAGCCGGGAGAUUUCUGCGGUUGCUCGUCAGGACAAUGCGUGGGUUCGUUAUCGGCAUUCACGCCUGGGUGACCUGAUGGGGUUUCGUAGAAAGACGCGGGGGAGUUCCCCGGUCAUUCGAGGCAGUCCACGGAUUUACUCCGCCGAGACGUUUGCGAUUGCAGUUACAACAGCGUUUGUCGUUGCUCUGAUCGUCGGCUUCUGCAGCGGGUACAUGUUUUCCCGACGGUGUCGAGCAGACGACCUCGACGGCUCUUACACGGACAUCCGCGGUCUCCCGCUGAUGGGGGCGCAUUUGCAAGACUGGGAAAGGUUUUUUCCCUUGUGGCCUCCGAUUGAUCCCGGACCCCCUUGCGGGUUCCCCAGUGAUCCGCCGAUGGGAGCACAAGGCAUGCCGGAAGCUGCGUACAUGCCACCUUCGAACAACAAAUCAAUAAACUUGGUGAUAAACGUCCCACCCAAGAACAACAGUAACAAGAACCCGAACUCCGCCGCGGACAACAAGCCGAUCCAGAAAGUGAAGAAAAUUUAUCUGUAGGGAGGCGCUACUUUUCGUCUUCGAGGAAACGUUUGAAAUGUUCCAGCCGUCGUUGGCUGGUCGACGACUGCGUCGCCCCGUUUUCGAAGCAUUAUUUUGCGGUCCCGUUUUAUUGGAUAUGCGAUAUGUCUGUGAUAGCUUGCGUCAUUCCUGAGAAAGCAGUGAAUAGACUUCAUUUUUGAGGUGGGAAUUUUGUAACUGGGAUGCUUGCGACUCAGAAAGUUUGGUUUUGUAUGAUUUUUCUUUAUUUCGCGGGUGCACUGCAUGACUUUCCGUUUCCACGUUUCCUGGGGACCCGCGGUGCCUGCGAGUUGACAGUGACGGAAAGGACCCCUCGGCACCCCGAGGAAUCGUUUGGAGGCUUGCCAAGGCUAGGCGUCGGGCGAGGAUCCUUUCGGGCUACUUCGCAUUUUAUUCGGCUUCUCUCUUUCUAUCUUGAAGAUUCACAACCCUUUUUUUCUUCGUUGAUAAACCUUUGAACAAAUGACAGCAGCAUUCUUUCGCCUGAUUCGAGGCAUCGCGCAGAGGAUCCAGAAGUUCUCAAAAUUACCCUAUUUCUCAUAAACUGUCCUAAAAGUCGAAAGUCUUCGUUGUUGUAAGAUUUUCAUAGACGAGGAUUUUCUUUGUUGGAGAACAAACCAGUUUUUAAAAUUUUGCUCCAAGAAAUUUCCGUUUGCUGUUGUAGUUGUCGUAUUUUCUUGAACAAAAAUGACGUAAUGCUCUCCUUGAAGCGAAAAAAAAAAGAGUACAAAUGUUUGCCUUGAGGCUUUGGGUCGAGAAACCGUUCUCGGGAAGUCGAAGGGGAAAAAGCGCUUCUGCGAAGUAUCCCGAACACAUCCUUCCGAUGUUGCGUUGCAAGAGCAUCUUUCUGCUCUAGGCCAGAUAGAAUCGGAAGCACCGUGGGCUCCGUUAAUGUGCGCUUCUUCGUUGUAUUUUGUUUGGACGGGGGAUUUUUAAAUUGUUGCUCUGUGAUGGACGAUGUUUGUAUGAUAGGGAUUAUAUUUAUUUGUACUGUACUCGCCUUUUUCUUGUCGUCAGUCCGUCUCGCGCGUUCGUUUCCUAUCCGUUUUUUUUUUUUUUUUUUUUUUUUUUUUUUUUUUUUUUUUUUGGUUUUGUUCCUGCCUCAAGAUUUCUUUUAUGAUCUCACGAAGCAGCCUGUACCACUGUUUGUAUUUGAUUUUGCUACGGAUUUGUCGAAUGUUUUGGUGUUCAGAGGUUCCUUUUUUUUUUUGCUCGAUCGCUUUUUUUUUUCGUGGAUGCGUUGGCUAAUUUGCGUUCUUCCGACAAAAUCGAUUCAAAUAUCCGCUGAGAUAAAGUAAGGGAUAAUUCGAAGCAAUACGAGGUUGAAAGGGGAGAAAGAAAGAGAGAGAGAGCCGCUUUAUGAAAGCCUCUGUUUGCUGAGAUUUUUGAGAUGUCGUGGGUCUAUUUUAUCCAUAGGUCAUUUGGGGGGCGUUUUAAAUGAGGCUUGCUUUGAAAGAUUGUGAGAGUGCCCUUUUUAUUUUGUUCGGUGCACAAGUAGGCCUUUUUCGUGGCUCUGAUUUAAGCCGGGCUUGAUUGGGUUUGAAGGUCUUUUUUAUUUCGAGGGAAUUGCGCUGUCUAUAAACAACACGACUUGUUGCCAAAGCCCGAGUUUUGGACGCCAAUUUGUUUGUGUCGCAGUAUUCAAUAAUUUCGCGUUCUGUUAUUGAGAGUUAUUGAAUUUUCGGGGAUCAGAAUCGCUGUUGAGCCGCUGAUUCCGACCCAAAUUAUGACGACCGUAGCUUUAGUGCCUUAUUCGCAUUACGCGUGGUCGGGGUUGGUUUCAAAAAGGCUAUGAAUCAAAUGCAUUUCCAUGACCACCGCCGGUCCAUUUCCGAUGGUUAAAGAUAAACUUAUUUUUAUCCUGCCUCGAAUGCAGGUUUCAUUCAAAAUGCUCUGAACAUUGCUCUUCUAUGAGUAAUGAAAUCGAUGCAUCGGAAUUCACUUUCGACUGUUCUCUUCGAAUUUCCGAAACAUGAGGGAAAGACAGACGCUGAAUUGUUUUCAUUGUUUUGAUCUUGCGGAGCAUGUUGUUCUUUGGGCGAGGGAAUAUGUCGCCGCUGCAUUGGUCAAUCGAGAACUGCAAGAUAAACAUUUUUGUAAAUGUAGAUUUCUUAGAGAAGUAUAGGGAUUUUUAAAGAGGUCGCGGAUUGAAUGAUCCGAAAUAAAGGAAAAAAUCUGCUCCGGAA